AUGGCAUCCGAAUCUGCAGGGUACAUCGCCGACCCCGAUGAGCAGCCCUUCUCUCCCUCUGUUUUUCUUAACCUGCCCCCAACUCCUCCCGAUGAUGGGCAGGACCCGGUGGUCUCGUCAGACGACCUCGUGAUCCCCUUCAUCUCACACAUACUCAUGGACGACGACAACAAGCUGUCGUACCAGUGCCCCGAUCACCAAGCGCUACUCCAAGCUCAGCAGCCCUUCGCUGAGAUCCUAUCCGACACCACCACCACCACCAAUACCAACGUAGCGACCAGCACCUUCACCGUCUCGCCCUUCUUCCCCAAUAAUGCCGUGUCCGCGUUCGGAACCGCUACCUGGCCCUAUGACCCAGUCGAGCUCUCCCUACAUCUCCUUUCUAGGACUCCGUACCACGUCCCCGACAACGUCAGAAGAACCGGACGCGAUGGCCUCACCCUAACCACGGGUGAUCAUGGUCGUGCCAACACCACCUUCUUGGCCGAGCAAGAUAACAACUACACCACCAGCGUGGGACAAUUCCGACGACAGAACGACGCAGACAAGGCAACCAUGGACAUGCUCAACCAGGCAUUCCGCAAGGAAAGUGGUAGCGAUAGCAUAGCCUGUAAGAAAGACCAUAACCGCUGGGACGACUUGGAGGUCGAGAUGGACAGAAAAAUGGCGGACUUGAGCAUUAUUGCCGUGAUAGCACCAGAGUCAGAUCAAACCAGGGAAAAGAUAGACAAAUUUGUUUUGAUCAAGUACCAGUCAUUACUCGACAAGAUGAUCGCCGUGGACAUGGAGGCUGAGAAGAAUGCCAACAAGGGCAAAAGGAAGUCCGUAGCGGUCACGAGCAAUGAGCCUGCCGUCGACUUGCGCGCCCUGCUCAUGCACUGUGCUCAUGCCGUGGCCACAGGAAACCGUCUUUGUGCCACCGAGCUGGUUUACAAGAUCAAGCAACAUUCCUCGCCAAUGGGAGAUGCCACACAAAGGUUGGCACAUUGUUAUGCUCAGGCGCUAGAAGCACGUUUGGAUGGCAUGGGAAGCCAGUUGUACAAUUCACUCAUGGUGAAGCAGCUCACCUCAGCUAAUGAGUUCCUCUUCCUCAAGGCCUAUCAGCUCUGCGUGCCAGCUUCUUGUUUCAAAAUGAUGGCGUUCAUGUUCUCCAACCUAACCAUCUUGAAGGCAGUCGCCGGUAGGGCUAGGAGAAAAAAGGUGCACAUUGUGGAUUAUGGUGAGCAUUAUGGGUUCCAGUGGCCGACCCUGCUUGGCAAUUGGGCAACUUUGGAGGAAGAAGGACGACCACUGGAGGUGAGAAUCACCUGCAUUGUCCUUCCUAAAACCGGGUUCCAUCCGGGAGCUCGAAUUGAGGAGACUGGACGCCCACUCAGCAACUUUGCUCGUCGGCGUGGCAUCCCGUUCAAGUUCCGCAGCAUCGUGGCAAAGUGGGAGACGGUAUGUGCUGAUGACCUCAACAUUGAACCUGAUGAGGUACUAAUUGUCAAUGGCCUAGCUGAUUUUGGGAGGCUGAUGGAUGAGAGCGUCCACAACAUAGAUAGCCCAAGCCCUAGGGACAUGGUCCUCAAGAAUAUUCAAAACAUGCGUCCUGAUGUGUUCAUCCUUUUUAUCGAGAACAGCUCAUACAACACACCCUUCUUCUUAACACGCUUCCGGGAGGCACUGUUCUAUCACUCUGCAGUGUUUGACAUGAUGGAUGCAGUGGCGCCACGGGACAACAACGAUCGCAUAUUGUUUGAGCAGAACCUCCUUGGACGACAUGCUUUUAAUGUCAUCGCCUGUGAGGGCUGGGAUAGAGAGGCAGCUGCCGUUGGACGCUGA